AUGCCUGGUGCUGCGUCCAUCGUCGCCGUCCUGGCGGCCGUGCUGCCGACCGCUCUUGGUCAAGCAAACCAAAGCUACGUCGACUACAACGUCGAAGCGAACCCAGACCUCUUCCCGGAAUGUCUGGAGACAGGCGGUACAUCCUUUCCAGACUGCGAAAGCGGUCCCCUGAGCAAGACACUGGUCUGCGACACAUCCGCAAACCCCCAUGAUCGAGCCGCCGCCCUCGUCUCCCUUCUGACCUUCGAGGAGCUCGUGAAUAACACCGGCAACACCGGCCACGGCGCCCCCCGAAUCGGACUGCCAGCGUACCAGGUGUGGAAUGAAGCCCUGCACGGCGUCGCCCACGCCGAUUUCAGCGAUGCCGGCGACUUCAGCUGGUCCACGUCCUUCCCGCAGCCCAUCUCGACCAUGGCGGCCCUCAAUCGCACCCUGAUCCACGAGAUUGCCACCAUCAUCUCCACGCAAGGCCGCGCCUUCAUGAAUGCCGGCCGCUACGGCCUGGACGUCUACUCCCCCAACAUCAACACCUUCCGCCACCCCGUCUGGGGCCGCGGCCAGGAAACCCCCGGCGAAGACGCCUACUGCCUCGCCUCCACCUACGCCUACGAGUACAUCACCGGCAUCCAAGGCGGCGUGGACGCCAACCCGCUCAAGCUCAUCGCCACAGCCAAACACUACGCCGGCUACGACAUCGAGAACUGGGGCAACCACUCCCGUCUCGGCAACGACAUGCAAAUCACCCAGCAAGACCUGGCCGAAUACUACACGCCCCAGUUCCUCGUCGCCUCGCGCGACGCCAAAGUCCACAGCGUCAUGUGCUCCUACAACGCCGUCAACGGCGUCCCCAGCUGCGCCAACUCCUUCUUCCUGCAGACCCUCCUCCGUGACACCUUCGACUUCGUCGACGACGGCUACGUCUCCGGCGACUGCGGCGCCGUCUACAACGUCUUCAACCCGCACAGCUACGCCGCCAACGAAUCCACCGCCGCCGCCGACUCCAUCCGCGCCGGCACCGACAUCGACUGCGGCGUCUCCUAUCCCCGCCACUUCACCGAGUCCUUCCACGACCAGGAAGUCUCGCGCCAGGACCUCGAGCGCGGCGUCACCCGUCUCUACACCAGUCUCAUCCGCGCCGGCUACUUCGACCCCAAAACCAGCCCCUACCGCAACAUCACCUGGGCCGACGUGCUGGCCACCAACGCCCGGAACCUCUCCUACGAAGCCGCCGCCCAAAGUAUCGUGCUGCUGAAGAACGACGGCCUGCUGCCGCUCCCCAGCAACAAUCUCACCGUCGCCCUCAUCGGGCCCUGGGCCAACGCCACCACCCAAAUGCUGGGCAACUACUACGGCCCAACCCCCUACCUGAUCAGCCCGCUCGCCGCCUUCCAGCAAUCCGGCUACAACGUGCACUACGCCCUCGGCACAAACACGACCACCGACCCCUCGCCCACCGCACAGGCCGACGCCCUCGCCCUCGCCCAGCAAGCCGACCUGGUCAUCUUCGCCGGCGGCAUCGACAACACCCUCGAGACCGAGACCCAGGACCGCGCAAACAUCACCUGGCCCGCCAACCAGCUGUUCCUGAUCACCAAGCUGGCCGCCCUGCACAAGCCGCUCGUCGUGCUGCAGAUGGGCGGCGGCCAGGUCGACUCCUCCGCGCUCAAGGCCAACAAGAGCGUCAACGCCCUGCUCUGGGGCGGCUACCCGGGCCAGUCCGGCGGCCAGGCCCUCCUGGACAUCCUGACGGGCAAACGCACCCCGGCCGCCCGGCUCGUCACGACGCAGUACCCGGCCGACUACGCCGAGGUCUUCCCGGCCAUCGACAUGAACCUGCGCCCGAACGGGUCCAACCCCGGCCAGACCUACAUGUGGUACACGGGCACCCCGGUGUACGAGUUCGGCCACGGCCUGUUCUACACGAACUUCACUGCCGCUCCUUCCGCUGCGGGGAGGAAGAAUCAGACAACGUUCCACAUCGACGAGCUCCUGGCGCGCCCGCACCCGGGCUUCAAGCUGGUCGAGCAGAUGCCGUUGUUGAAUUUCACGGUGGAUGUCACCAACACUGGAGCCAGGGUCUCGGAUUACACCGCCAUGGCCUUCGUGAAUACCACCGCGGGCCCCGCGCCGUACCCGAAUAAGUGGCUGGUUGGGUUUGAGCGGCUGAGCGCCGUGCAGCCCGGGGAGGCGCAGACCAUGGUCAUCCCCGUGUCGGUGGAUAGUCUGGCCAGGACGGAUGAGGCGGGGAAUCGCGUGCUGUAUCCUGGACGGUAUGAGGUGGCGCUGAAUAAUGAGAGAGAGGUUGUGCUGCGGUUUACGCUCACGGGCGAGAAGGCGGUGCUGCUGAAGUGGCCGAAGGAGGAGCAGUUGAUUGCGCCGGUGUAG